AUGCCUACCCCCGAAUCCGCCGCUUUCCUGGCUAAGAAGCCUACCGUACCUCCAACUUAUGAGGGCGUCGAUUUCGAAGACAACGUCGCCGUGCACAAUGCGCGUGAUGCUAUUAUCCGCGAGCAAUGGGUGCGAAGUAUGAUGGCGCGACUUGUCGGUGAGGAAUUGGGCAAGUGCUAUGCUCGUGAGGGGGUGAAUCACUUCGAGAAGUGUGGAAAGCUUAGAGAACGAUAUUUCGAGUUGCUCAAGGAACGCAAGAUCAAGGGUUACUUGUUCGAGGAGAAGAAUUAUUUCAGCAAGUCUGCUUAG